AUGAUGGAAUAUCUUGAAGAGAUCAUUCGGGGUAUCACCGGGAAAUCCAAAGAGGAUAAGUUGCGGUUCGGAGAGAGGAUUCUCGCGUCGACUAUCGGCGGUGCAUUGAGUUGUUGGAAUCAGCCAUUUGAGGUUCUCCGGGUGGAAAUGCAAUCCAUAAAAAAUGAUCCAACGCGCCCUGCACACCCAACCAUGGUCUCGUCAUUCACGCACAUUAUCAAAACGUCUGGCAUCAAGGGUAUCUUCCAAGGGAUUGUGCCUCGAAUUGGGGUGGCAGCAUGGGCCACUAUUUGUAUGGUAGGAUUUGGUGACACUGUAAGGAGCUAUUGUUACGACCCUCAUAGAAGUCGGAAGAGCAACAAUUUCCUUUUUCGCUGGGAUUGUGUGGAAAUUUAUUAUGUUUAUAACGCCAUUAGGGAUUGUUCAACGUUCAACUGA